UGUUUACUUGUGUUAUUUGUCCCCUUCUCUUCAUUUGGAUUUUAAAGUAAUAUUUGCUCCAAUUCACGUUUUCUCUGCUUUAAGCAUAUAAUUGGUUUGGCAACGAGUAAUAUGUAGUGCUUUACUUAUAGUUUAAUGGUUUUAAGGUUGGGAAAAGAUCACGAGUUUCUUCCUGUGUCACUUUUUGAAUCUACGAGUAGUAGUGUAUAUACCUGCGUUCAACUGGUUAAGUGAAGAAGUCGCAUGAACUCUUAACGUUCCGGACUGUGAACACAGUACUAUGUAAUCAGCAGAGAGAUAAUUAGAAAGUUUGUUUAAUAUGGAAGAAGAUGUUAAACUACACAACCAUGGGAGACAGCGGGAUAAUAAUUCGCCAGGACUGAUUGAGCGACGAAUAUCUGCUUCAGAAUUCUACUGCCAUUGCUGCUAUGAAAUUCUUAUAAACCCCAUCACCUUGAACUGUGGUCACAGUUUCUGCCAGCACUGUCUAGCUAAAUGGUGGGAGUGUUCAAGAAAGACUGAAUGUCCAGUGUGCCGUGAGAAAUGGGAGGGCUUUCCCAAGGUCAGCAUAUUGCUUAGGGAUACAGUAGAAAAACUCUUUCCAGAUGAAACCAAGCGGAGAACAGCUGAGAUACAGCAGGAUGCAGACAUUCUCAGCAGUUUGAACGCCUUCCAGAAAUAUGGAACUAAGCAAGCAUUUCGAGGUACAAGUGGGCAGCGUGGUGGAGGAUUUUUCUCUGGCGUUCUUACAGCUCUAACUGGUGUAGCAGUAGUCUUCCUGGUGUAUCAUUGGAGUAGUAGGGAGUCUGAGCAGGAUCUUCUUGUCCACAAGCCUGUUUCCAAAUGGAAUACUGAGGAGGUUGUGUUUUGGUUGGAGCAGCUGGGUCCUUGGGCAUCUCUGUACAAAGACAGAUUUAUGGCUGAACAAGUGAAUGGAGCAGUCAAUAUGGGGAAAUCACUUUUCUUGUUGUAUGGAUUGAAGAGUUCUCCACGACUCACAGUACUAUAUCUCUAUCUGUUUGAUUAUACAGAAACAUUUCUUCCUUUCAUCCACACAAUCUGUCCUAGAAGAUUAACAUAUCCUGAAGAAGAAGAAAUUAUAACAAAAUAUUGGAUCCUUUCCUCGUAGAAUGUGGAACCAUUUCUGGAAGGCUGUGUCACAAGGUAUCCUAUUUGUCAUUUUCUGGCCAGUCAUUCCUCAAUUUGUCUGCAAUUGUUUGUUUUACUGGGCCCUUUACUUCAAUCCAGUUAUAAAUAUUGACCUGGUGGUGAAGGAGGUGCGACGAUUGGAGACACAGGUGGCAUAAUGAAGAGAAAUUGAUCAAAUAAUUUCUGACGAGCUGUAUUAAAACAUCUGAGGAGGUCAUUAAAACAACUUUAAUUGCAAAACAUUCUGGUUAAGAAUGAAAGAGUACUGGAUCUGUAAGCAGCUCCUUACUGAAGGAUUCAACUUGUUUGCUUAAACAUUUGCACACUGUUUUCUAGGUUUGCCUGAAAUCACAUGCAGCCAUGGUGUUUGGAACUUGCCUUAACUUAAGUGCUGCUGUGCCAUUUUCAAACUGGUGCAUCUGGAGCACCUUGACCUGGUUUGCAAUGAUGUGAAACAUAGAUUAAGUACAUGCACGGGCAGUUCCAACAAUAAUUCAUAAGGUUGUAAAAGCCUAUCUUAGCAGUCCAAACUGUUGUGGUAAGAUAAUAUAAGCAUCACAUUUUUAAUUUGCUAUUUUAAAAAGAAUUAAAAAUAAAACUGUUACCCAGAUUACUUCUGUAAAGUGCAUUUCAAGUUGGUACAAAACUGCUGUUAUUUAAAGACAUGAAGUGUUUUGGAACAAAUUGUUUUCUUUACUUACAAAGCAAGCAGGGUUUGGUUCAUUGCUUAAAAAAUUAAUUGGCUGAGGGUGAGGCUUUUUAAAUUAGUUAUAUUCCCUGUAGUAUUUUUAAUUUGGAAAAUUAUUUCAUCUUGCAAGGAAAAAUGAUGCAUUCAUUUGUGGUAUAAAGAAAUUUGUUAACCUAAAAUGUUUUAUUUUUUUUAUACAAGAAGGGCUAAUGUAUGUUUUGUUUUAUUUGUUUCUGAAGAGCCAUCAAAUUGUUGGUGUGGACACUUCUGAUGAACCUGUAAUAGAAAUGUUUCUACAGGAUCGUUUCACAUCCAGCUUUUUUAAAAUGUAAAAGAAUAGUAUUUACUGACAGUUCUCAAUGGCAUGUUCAAAACGCUUUUGCACUUUGACUGUUUUUUUAAGAAACUGUAGCCUGCCAUUCUCCAUGAUUUUUUGACUUUCUGCAAAUGUAAAAUGUUUAUAGAUAUUAAAAUGUGACUUUUCUUUCCAAGGAGGUUUCAUAUGCCGUGCCAUAUUUCAACACUACUUUUGUUUUGUAGCUGUAUUUACACUCUCCUGCUUUUCAAGUCUGGAAGACCAUUUACAACUUGAAAUUGCAGUUACUUUUUAAAGAAAAAAAAACUUUAUUGGAUCGAAUACAGAAUGGUCUGACAGCUGGAGAAACUGCUGUAACACAUUCACAAGUUUCUGUACACACUAGUUUCUCCAAACUUCAGGCAGUUAUUAUAGGUUGGUACAUACCACUGUACAGCAAACUACAACAGUUACCCUGUACAGCAAUUGUAUAUGUAUCAUUUGGGGAACCCAGAUGUUAAUAAAUGACCUGCUCUUCUUUUUA